AUGUCUUCUCAACAACAAUCAUAUCAACGAGUAUUCUUAGUGACUGGAGCUAAUAAAGGUAUUGGAUUUGAAGUUGUGAAAAAACUUGCGGCAAAUCAUCCAACUGAUCUAAUUUUGCUUGGCAGUCGUGAUCAGAAACGUGGCGAAGAGGCUCUAGCUCAACUUGGUUCACCUUUAAAUGUCAAAGUCCUCCUGGUUGAUACAUCAUCGAAAGAAACUAUUGAACAGGCAAAACAGGAAAUUCAAAAGAAAUAUGGUGGUCAUCUCGAUGUACUCAUCAACAAUGCUGGCAUAGCUAUUAUGGGAUCAGAUUUGAAAGCAUUAAAAGAUACUUUCAAUACAAAUUUUUAUGGAGUGAAACAAAUGAAUGAUGCAAUGUCACCAUUAUUAAGAGACAAUGGACGCAUUGUUAAUGUUAGUAGUGAAGCAGGGGCACUGUCAAUGAAACACUGUUCUCAAGACUUAAAAACAAAAUUUCUCAAUCCAAACUUAACAGAAACUGAAUUAGAAGAGUUAUUUACACCCUUAUUCAAAGCAGUUGAAGAAGGAAAAGAUCCAAAAACGGCUGGCUUUGAUCCUAUUAAAUUUCCUGCCCUUGAAGAUUCCUAUUUAUUAUACUAUGGCGCAUCAAAACUAGGUGUCAAUAUUCUAACUCGUCUGGAAGCACGUGACUGGGAUAAAAAAUAUUCAACGAAAAAUAUAACAAUUAGUGCGGUCUGUCCAGGAUUUUGUGCAACUGAUCUAAAUAACAAAGCACAGGGCGCACGAUCACCUAAACUAGGUGCUGAUUCUAUUUUACAUGCUGUUUACACUGAGAAUCUGGAGAAUGGACAAUUUUGGAGAGAUGGAAGUCAUUUACCAUUGGAAUCAGAGGAAUAA